AUGAAGACCGGACACAUCCUCUCCAUUCUGCCCCUCUUCGGAGUUGGCCAGACGCAAAACUCCACUUUUCCGAACCCCAUCGUCGGCGGAUUUAACCCGGAUCCCAGUUGCAUCUUCGUCCCUGAGUUCAAUGACACAUUCUUCUGUGCAACUUCGAGUUUUCUUGCAUUCCCAGGCCUCCCUAUCCACGCAAGUCGAGACUUAAUCCAUUGGAAACAUGUCUCCAACGCUUUCAGUCGGGCGGACCAACUCCCCGGGUUGGCUUUCCUUCCAAAAGCUACGAGUGGCAUUUACGCGCCAACUCUUCGUUUCCACGAUGGUACCUUCUACCUGCUGUCCACUCUCGUGAACCAACAACUACCGAGGACCAAUGAUAGCCGUUGGGACAACUUCAUUCUCACCACAACGGACCCUUACAGCUCAGAUUCAUGGUCUGAUCCCGUGCAUUUCAGCUUCCCCGGUUUCGAUCCCUCGCCCUUCUGGGACGAUGACGGCAAGACCUACGUCUCAGGUGCUCACACCGCGGCUUAUUACCCUGGCGUCAUGCAUGCACCCCUCGACCUCGAGACUGGCGAGAUCGGAGACAUCAUCAUGCCCUGGAACGGGACUGGUGGCUCUUCCCCAGAGGCGCCUCACAUCUGGAAGCGGGGCGGAUACUACUACCUCCUCCUGGCCGAGGGAGGCACUCGCGAGAAUCACAUGGUGACAAUGGCGCGAUCCCGAAGCCUAAGUGGUCCUUUCGAUCCCGCCCCUGGAAACCCGCUUCUCACUUCAGCAAACGACACCAGCUCUUACUUUCAGGCUGUUGGGCACGCAGAUCUCCUCCAGGAUGCACAGGGUCAAUGGUGGUCUGUUGCUCUAGCGGUUCGCGCCGGCGGUACGUAUGGCCAAGACCCGGGGCCAUACUUUGGAAACCUGCCAAUGGGCCGCGAGACAGUUUUGACCCCAGUCACCUGGGAGGAGGGCGAGUUUCCAGUCUUCACUCCUGUCACUGGAGACAUGUCUGGCUGGCCGCUCCCAUCUGAGGCCAUUCCAGAAGAGGGCGAGGGUCAGUUAAGCGACGCAGAUGAUACCAUCACUUUUCCUCCUGGUAGCAAGCUUCCCAUUCACUUCAUUCACUGGCGCCUUCCCAAGUCAAGGAAUUACGCCAUCUCACCCCCGGAUCACCAGAACACACUGGCACUCAAGUCAUCUGUCCUCAACUUGACCGCCUUUGACGCAGACUUCGCACUGGGCCGGGGACAGACCUUCGUCGGACGCCGCAUGGCACAUUCCCUAUUUCGCUUCCGCGUGGAUGUGGACUGGGCCAACUCCCUGACGGAGGAGGAGAUGGAGGUAGGAGCCUCGGCCAUUCAGGACCAGGCUCAACACUUCGACCUCGGCAUCGUGAUGCUCAAAUUCAACGGGAGCGGAGACCUUCGACCACACCUUCGGUUUCGAGGAAUCUCGGAGACACCAUAUCGUGCGGCGCAGAAUCCCCCAAACGAAGUGUUCCCAUUGCCUGAAGGAUGGGCUGGACAGAAGAUCUCGCUUCAGAUUGAGGCAGUGAACAGCACCCACUUUGCGUUCUCGGCCGGGCUCACUGGGGAAGGAGAGGAAUCGACGUUGGGAGUAUAUGGCUAUUGCAUGGGCACUGAAUUGGUCCCGUACUACUCCGGCCUUGUGUUGGGAGUGUAUGCAACUUCGAACGGAAAGCAUGGGGAGCAAGCAUUCGAGACUUACAUAUCUAACUGGCGGUACACCGGCAUCCAACAGCUAAGAAGCCAGAAGGAUGUUGAUGGUGUUGACAGAGCUCAUGCUUGA